CUCUCGCUUUCUGUUUGUUUCUUGCCAGACCGUGUGUCCCUAUAUCUAUAUAUUUGUUCAUGUAUGUAUAUGUAUUCUCUUUCUCUCUUUUUUUUUUGUUUUUUUUCUGUGUCCCAUACACUGUCUGACUAAAUUCUUCUCAUUCUCUUUUUUUAUCGUUUUCUCGCCGUAGAUCUCUUCCCAUCUCUCUUUCUCUCUCUCUGUCUCUCUCUCUCCUCAUUCUCUCUCUCUGUCUCUCUCCGGCGCUAAUCUACAGAUCCGUACGCUGCCUGAUUCACCCUGAGAUGCUUUGACUGUAGUAAACUUUGACCUGGUCGCGAUCACACACUUAUUCGCGACUCCUCACUAAACCCCUUCCAUGGGCCAGUGCUAUGGCAAGACCAUUCCCACCGCCGACAACGACGGCACCACCACCAUCACCGUCGCCGGUGGAGGAGAUCCACCUCCGCCCACUCCGGGGAGGUCCUCCGCUAGCAACGGCGUGCACUCCGUGAAAAACACGCCAUCUCGAUCCUCGGCGACGAGUACGUGGCCGAGUCCGUACCCUCACGGCGGCGCCAGUCCUCUUCCGGCGGGAGUAUCUCCGUCGCCGGCGAGGUCGACGCCGCGGAGGUUCUUUAAGCGGCCGUUCCCGCCUCCGUCGCCGGCGAAGCACAUCAAGGCUUCGCUGGCGAGGCGGUUCGGGCACGCGAGGCCAAGGGAGGGCCCGAUCCCGGAGGAUGGUGCUGCGGCGGAGGAGCCUGAUCAAUCGCUGGAUAAGAACUUCGGUUACAAUAAGAAUUUCGGAGCCAAGUAUGAAUUGGGGAAGGAGGUGGGUCGAGGGCAUUUCGGUCAUACUUGCCAAGCCAAGGGCAGGAAGGGUGAGCUCAGAGACCUACCCCUUGCUGUCAAAAUCAUCUCCAAAGCCAAGCAUCUUUUCAACUACAAACUAAGUUAUGAAAGCAGUAGAGAUUACCUUGGAUCACUACAAGUCAUAUUACUCUGGAAGAUGACAACAGCAAUAUCGAUUGAAGAUGUUCGUAGAGAAGUUAAAAUAUUGAAAGCUUUAUCAGGGCAUAAGCACCUGGUCAGAUUCUAUGAUGCAUGUGAGGAUGCCAACAACGUGUACAUAGUCAUGGAAUUGUGUGAAGGUGGAGAACUACUUGACAAAAUAUUGUCAAGAGGUGGUAGAUACAUUGAAGAGGAUGCAAAACUUAUUGUUGUGCAAAUUUUAAGUGUGGUUGCAUUUUGUCAUCUUCAAGGUGUUGUGCACCGUGACUUGAAGCCUGAGAAUUUCCUUUUCACCUCUAGAAAUGAAGAUGCUGAUAUGAGGCUUAUUGAUUUUGGCCUUUCUGACUUCAUCAGACCAGAGGAAAGGCUGAAUGAUAUUGUCGGAAGUGCAUACUAUGUAGCACCAGAAGUCCUUCAUAGAUCCUAUAGUCUUGAAGCAGAUAUUUGGAGCGUUGGUGUUAUCACUUAUAUCUUGUUAUGUGGUAGCAGACCAUUCUGGGCGAGAACAGAAUCAGGAAUUUUUCGUGCAGUGCUAAGAGCAGACCCUAACUUCGAUGAUUUACCUUGGCCUUCCGUCUCAGCAGAAGCAAAAGAUUUUGUGAAAAGGCUUUUGAACAAGGAUUACAGGAAAAGGAUGACUGCCGCUCAAGCUCUGAAUCACCCAUGGUUGCGGAGUGAAAAUCAUCAUAUUCCUUUAGAUAUAUUGAUCUAUAAGUUAGUCAAGUCAUACCUUCAUGCUACACCUUUCAAACGUGCAGCCCUAAAGGCUCUUUCAAAAGCUUUAACAGAGGAUGAAUUAUCUUAUCUUAGAGCUCAAUUUAGGCUUUUGGAACCUAAUAAAGAUGGACGCAUUUCUGUUGAUAACUUCAAAAUGGCUCUUGUGCGCAAUACAACUGAUGCAAUGAAGGAGUCAAGGGUUCCUGACAUUCUAAAUGCGAUGGCACCACUCUCCUACAGAAAGAUGGACUUCGAUGAGUUUUGUGCAGCUGCAAUUAGCACAUAUCAACUAGAGGCUCUUGAAGGGUGGGAGCAGAUUGCAUCAACUGCAUUUGAGCAUUUUGAGCGGGAGGGUAACCGGGUUAUCUCUGUGGAUGAAUUGGCUAGGGAAUUGAAUGUGGGCCCAACAGCCCAUACGCUUCUCAGAGACUGGAUUCAGAGCUCUAAUGGAAAGCUUAGUUUACUUGGGUAUACCAAAUUUUUGCAUGGCGUGACGCUUCGGAGCUCAAAUACAAGACAACAUUAGGUUUUUUAGGCCUUAGGCAAAUGAUAGCAAUUAAAAUUCAUGGCAUUCAAAAGAUUUGGAGUUUUUCUUUUUUUCCCUUUUUAGGGUUUGGGGAUAGAAAAUUGUGUACAAAUGAAUAGAGUUAGUUGAGUCAGUUGUGAGUCAGUUGAGGCAGUUUUAUGUUGAAGAAUUUCUUAAUGCUCAUUCCCUCUGCAGAUUCUAAAGUUGACUUGGGUUUGAGCGCAAAUAUUUUUUUUGAAAUGAAAUUCCUGAAAAUGUCUACUUUUUAUC